CAAUUGACGUUUCAGCCAAAACUUGCCUGACAAACAAAACAGUAUUGCUUUGCACUGAAACUAAUUCGAUUUUCAGUGAGAUUUCUGCUGAAAUUAGACGAAAUGGAAGAAUGUAAAGAAAUCAUCAUCUACCUGGCAGUUUUCGACGAUCUCCCCAAUGAGCUCCUCUGGCAAAUCUUUACUCAGCUCAAACAUCGGGAUCUGCUGCGAAUGUCGCUCGUUUGCCGCCGCUGGAACCAGGUUAUCUUCCACUUUCUCAACCAUCGCUUCCGGUUCCGGCCCCAGCAGGCGGAGCGACUCUGCCCCGAUCGGUGCUUCAAGUAUCUGGACCUGAGCGCGUGUCCGCUUCCGGUGCCCAGUUUGGACGUUAAACGGUUCGACUAUUUCUUCACUACGCUGAGCUCGGUGGAGCUUCUUUCGGCGGAGCGGAUUACGAGUAUAUUGAUGCGUAGAAAGGAUUCGCACGUGGACCUGUUGAUGCGGGUGCUGGUGAAUUUCAAGAAUUUGGACACGCUGGUUUGGGAUGUUCCGGGAAAGAUGGUGUCCUAUUACAAAAUUCCGAAAACAGACCAGAAAUUUAUGGCGAGUUGUAUGGCCCGCGUGCGACACUUUGCACUGUACGCCAAGAGCGUGAAGAUGCUUGCGUUUGUGGAGUAUCUAUCGGAACAUCUGGUCACGUUGAACGUGACCGUUUCGCACGAAUCGCUGUUCAACUUUUGUGACUGUUAUAAGAACUUUCCCAAUUUGGUAGCGCUCCAGCUGAUGGUAAAUUACACUGGAGAGCUAAACCUGGAAAGCGCUCUGAUGCAAUUCCUGCAAAAGUUGCCCAAACUGCGAAAAUUCUCCUUCGGCACAAACGAUGAGGAUUCGCUCCAGGAAGUCACCGAAGCCGAAACCAACAUCGACACGUUCGAGAUCAUUGGCUUUAAGGACCUGGCCUGCCCCUCGCUUUAUCUGAUAAAAAGUUUGCGCAGCUUUCGAGCGGAACACUCCGUCAUCCUGAGUUUCUACGAAAAUGCCACACCAAACGUGCAAAUCACCUCGCUGGACAUCGAUCAGGCACUCGUCGUGUCGGUUGAAGCGCUAAUCAGAAACUUCCCAAAUCUGACCAGCCUGCGGAUGAGUUCACGCGUCAACUCAUCCUUCGAAAUUUUCCGCCUCUUGACGACCUAUCCCGACCUGGAAGUCCUGGCGAUUAAAAUCUCGGACGGAAACGACCUACCGAUUAUCCUCAUGUUGAUCGUGGGCAUUCUGAGACAGCUACGCGAGCUCCGGAUUAAUCUCGCGCUGCCAGCCGAAGAGGAUGCCGAGUUUCCCAAGCGGAUUGAGAUGGUUUUCGACGCCGUGCUCGAUGCACCGUCGCUGCAAAAGUUUUACAUCAAGUCGGACGUUCAGCUUUACGGCAACGAGCUCAUACUGCCGAGCAAGAAUCUCAACUGCCAGAUUUACUGGAACGGCGUGCUCGGGAAGCGGUUGUGAGGGGAGAUUUGUGAAGAUAGUUUUGUAAGUCGGUUUUUACAGUUGUUACGUGGUUUGUAAGUUGAUUAUAAGUUUGAUAAUGAUAAAACAAAACAAAAACAUACAAACUUUCUAAAACUGUUUACGCGUAUGAUUUGUGACUUCCUUGACCUGA